UCGCGUGCUACAGUAGAUAGAAAUCAUGGACGUGAUGCCUAGAUAAAAAACACCGAGAAUAAAUCGCGACACAAGAGCGUCCUUAGCGUCGUCAGCGUCGUUAGUAUUCGCUCCAAGUAGUAUUUUAUUAGCUUUUUGACGAUUUUAUACGUACGUACGUAGUAAGUGCCACGCACAUCUAUCAAUUAUGUCACGAUUAGUAUACGAUGUUUCGCGAUGGUCGCGCGAACGUGAGGGAGGAGCCUCAAAUCGUAAAUUGUUCGCUGCGUUAAAGUCAAAUUUAUCAUCGUCGCGAAAUGAUGAUCGAUCAAUGGUCGACGAUUCCUUCCAGGAAACUCGUAAUUUAUCUACGUACGUCUCCGUUCUUCUUCCUGCUCUCUCGCACAUUAGAAAGCACAUCCCCAUCCAAGUAGAUAUCUUUUGCGCGAAACUAGCGAGAGUUUCAUUACUGAAAUCGACAGCGAAUGUAUAUUUGCUCUUCCUUGGCAAAAUAUUUUUACCAUUAUUAUAAUUACCAUUAUUAUUUUGCCAUUGCAGCACGGUUCGGAAGUGAGUUUAUUUUAGAUAGAAUAGACGGUGUGCCAAUGGAACAAUUUAAAACGAGAGAAAUGUAGGUAGGUAGGUAUAUGUAUAACGCUGAUGAAAGUAUGGAGCGAUGAGACGAAGAAUAAGCGCGACCGAGGACGAGCGCAACUAUACUAUGUUACACUUGCGCAACCCGCUUAGCAUUUAUCCUCUACUAAAAACGUCAUCGUUACCGUCUCAUUCCUUUUCUCAAUUCCCAAUGUUUACCUGUCGGGUAAAUGGAACAAACGUCUUUACUUCCCUUCGCAAACGUCAAGUUCCCGACGUGUCAUUAAGUUAAAAGCUUAGUUAUACGACGCAAUGAUUCUCCAUGCGUGCAAAUACCACGUUCCGUUGCGAACGAAAGCAUUCAUCUAUUUCCUCGAAUCUCUUCUAUUUUUCUAUAAUUCCUAUUGACCUAUUGCUAUCUCAAGAGAAUAGAACCGACUGAAAAUGAAAAGAAAUGAGGAGAAUUAGGGCAACAACGAUCGCGAAUACGCCUUGCAAUAAGGACAAAGUGUUGAAUUGCUUACAACUUAAUAUCGUUAUCAGGGGCUUGUCAUAUCGGGCGAAACAUGUGUAUCUUUUCAUUUUUAUAUUAUGUAUAUGACAUUCAUCACUUUAACUCGGCAGCGCUAAUUUCUGCAGAAUUCUGCCAAUUCUGUUGGAAUAUAUAAGUUUGCAGAAAAAGAAAAAAAAGUGUGAUUAAGAGUCUAUUACGAUGAGUCUCUUGAAACGUUGUACAAAUCGGAGAAAUAACAAGUACUUAAGCGGAGAAAUAAUAGGUGGUAGGCUUUAUUAUUACUUUUUUUACAUUGAUUACGAGCCUUAUCCUGACGAGCCUAUCUGAAGAGAGCGCAAUGUAUUCGUGCUACUCUUGUAAGCUUACAAUUACAAGUUAAACCCUCGAACGAACACGAUCGAAGAUAGACGUGUCCAAAGUGAUGUGACACGAGAUAGUCGGGGGAGAAAUGGGGGAAAAAGAGUCGAUAAGAGUGAAGAGGGUAACGAUAAGGGUGAGUAAUGUACGAUUUUACUGUAUAUAACGCAUAUGGAAAUAUUUGUAGGAGGAAAAACUUGAAGCGAGAUCCAGCGUCAGUGUUAAAUCGCGCAUAAAUAAGGAAGCACUCGUGUCCCUUGAGAUUCGCAAACAUGACGAUUCAUCACGUUGCUCUCGUGGCAUUAUUUGCUCUUCUGCGUACACGUACAGUAUCGACCAGCGAUUGCCAAUGGCAUAACGCUAUAGAAUUUUGGAGCAACGUCGUUUGCUCCAUGGAAGAUAUUAAAACCGUGAAUUUUCACGAUGUGCUCGAGAGUGGUAGGAGCUCUAUCGUUCUCGAGCGAUGUUUCCAGGCUUUCGUGUACGAUAUCGCGCGCAAGUGCGAGACAACGAUCGUAUCAAGGAUUCAUGCACUUGACGACGCGGAAAAUCUUGCAUCUUUCGUGAGUAACAACGACAUAGCUCACAUAGCUCACAGGUUCGCAAAACGGGCAUCGUCGGCAUCGAUCUGGCAGGUUACAUCCAACGACGCGCUUCCUUCUCGAGUACGUCCGUCGGCAGCUGCAGGAAAGAUUCGGAUACGAAGCGAUAAAACCUUUGAUGGAAACACAUGGAACGUGCACGUAAUUCUCGCGAAAGACAUACAUUCCUUCGAUCAGAUUGCGAGAGGUGAUACGACAUUCGAAUGGAAUUCACAUGAUCGAUUUAUCGUGCUGAUCACACGUUUCCCAGAGGAACAGGGACCGUCGUCGAACGAGUCGAACUCGAGAAUCGGUAAUAUCUUGAAGACGUUGUGGUCCAAACGUAAGGUGCAAAAGAUUUUUGUCUCCGAGGCGACCCUCGUAAAUGAUACCGUUCGAAUUAAUCGAAUUGUUCGCACUUACAAUCCGUUCGUCAAAGUCAACGAUUCUGUAUGGGGCAAGGUCGAACGUACAAGUGUAAAAACGGCGGAAGAAGCAUCAAGCGUACUGUCGCACUUGAUAUAUCGCCGCACGAAAAAUAUGAAUGGAUACGAAUUAAAAGUGGGUUACUUCAAGCAAGGUCAUACACUGGCAGAACCGACAAAAGUUCAGUCGAAUACACAUUAUGCCGAUUAUGUCUUUAAGGGAUUUGACGAGAUAGUGCUAAAUACGAUAGCUCGAGACAUGAAUUUUAAAGUGGAACACAUACACCCGACGGAUAAUAAAUCAUACGGUUAUCAAUUGCCCAAUGGGACAUACGUCGGUGCUAUAGUGCACGGUAGAACGGACGUCUGCUUCGCGUCUUUCUUCGUAAAGAAAUACAGCACAAAUCCCAAGGAAGACGUAGACUUUACCGCGUGCGUGGACUUUGACGGAUUAUGCGUGGUGGUUCCUAAAGCAACCAAGAUACCCAAAGGGAUCCGAAUAUAUCACUUCUUUCCGCUCUCGGUUUGGAUCUGCUCGAUGCUGGCGCACGUUUUCACCUAUCUAAUAUGGUACUUUUUGCAAGUAUUUACUCCAGGAAGGACAGGAAAGAAAAGUUUCCGCGCAACGAUCUAUCGAUCGUUUCUACUGACUGCUGGUUGCCCUCAGAAAUUGCCAAACACAAACGCGGAAAGGAUAUUACUGUCGGGCAUUCUCCUCGCUAACGUCACUUUAGUUGGCAUCUUCAGCGGUAUUUUGUACAAUAGUUUCGCGCACGACAUGUAUUACCCAGACAUCGAUAAUCUGCACGAUCUCGACGCUUCGGGAUUGCCGAUAUCCUUGACUUCCGCCAGCCUGGCCGAUCUCUUCGAUGAUGAUGAUGAUGAUGAUGAUGUCGAUUCGACGUCACUCAUGCAAAGCUUGCGAAAGAAGAUGCAAUUCGGUACAAACUCCAUAAGCAACGCGGCUCAUUAUCGUAACGUUUCGGCGUUCGCUAGGAAAAGUUAUUUUCCCAUUAUCACUGAGGAAUUGAUUGAUACGGACGGUGGGCCGUUGCUUCAUCUUGUUGAGGAAUGUCCAGGUAAAUUCUACUUGUCGUAUUUGCUGCCCAAGAAUUCGAUUUUAAACGAGAAGAUAAACGCAUUGAUCAGUCAAUUGAAUCAGGCCGGUUUACCAUCGUUAUGGAGCCAACACAUCGUUCACACCUUCAUUGUUCAAAAGUGGUCACUGGCUAAAGAAAAAUUAACUCGAAAUGGAAAUGGAAUGGACGGCUUCGUGCCGUUCAAUCUGUCUGACGUGCAAUCGUCCUUUUAUAUGCUACUGAUAGGAUUAUCAAUAUCUACGAUAGUAUUUCUUUGCGAGAAGGGUUGGCUGAAAGUACCAUUGUUGCAUACUAAAAAACCAAACGACAAAUGUACGCGUUAGUCGUCGAAUAGUCGAGUCGCGUUCUA